UGAGUAUAUAACCACUACGUAUUAGUUCAGUCGAUGAAUGGAGGAUAUAAAAUACUCUUGUGCAAACUGUGACCACAAUUUUUUAAAAUUUGUGUCGACUCCAUCUUCUUAUUAGUUUUUGUGGUGUGUAAUUAAGGCAUGACGUUAUACAUAUAAAUUUAUAUUUGUGAAGUUUGACUUGACAAUGGUUGGCGUCGGUGAAAUGUUUUUGCGAAGGUUUCUAUCAACCUUCUUCGGAUAUCUGCUUCUUAUACACAUAGCGGAAUACAUUCCAACCGCGUCUGCAGAAGGUCAUUGCGUGUGGUAUGGCGUAUGUAAAAACGGGACUGAGAAAACGCUAAAUUGCUACUACGAUGGUCCCGCCAAGCCCCUCGAUGAAAGUGCACGGCCCAUCAUCGAGAAGUAUUGCCCAGAUAUCGCAGCCGGUGGCCUCACUUGCUGCGACAAAGACCAAUUGCAGAAUUUAAACGACAACAUUAUAAAAGCAGAGAAUAUCCUGUCACGAUGUCCGUCUUGUUUGGACAACUUCUACAAACACAUUUGCGGGAUGACCUGCUCGCCGAAGCAGAGCGACUUUUUGAUGCCCAAACUUGAACAGUUCAAUUCUACACACAAGAGGAUAGUGGAGCUUAGUUAUCAUCUCAGCGCGACGUACAUGAACGACACUUACAGUUCGUGUGCGAAUGUCCAAAUGCCAUCAACUAACCAGCUCGCCAUGGACCUCAUGUGCGGCGACUACGGCUCCAGUUUCUGCACUCCACAGCACUGGUUCGAUUACAUGGGCGACAAGGACACGCCCGCCGUGCCGUUCCAGAUAAAUUACAUCAGUGGAGAUGAACCGGUCGAUGGAUUCACGCCUUACAACCCACCCACCAUGCCCUGCAACGUUGGCUUGCCUGGCCAGCCGGGCUGCUCGUGCCUGGACUGCCUGCAGGCGUGCCCCGCGCCGCCGCCCGCGCCGCCCGCGCCGCGCCCCUUCGUGCUGCUCGGCGCCGACGGGUACGCCGUCAUCAUGGCCAUCGUCUUCCUCAUCUUCACCACGCUGUUCCUCAGCGGCGUCUACUGCUGCAACCAGCAGGAGAACGUUGUCGAGUGGGCGGGCGGCGCGCGGCGCGGCGGGCCCGAGACCAGUCCGCUGCACAGCCAUCGCUCCAGCGUUGCUUCAGAAAACAAUCAGGAGAUGGCAACGAAUCCCACGUCAGCUGGUUGGUCGAUAGAUCAGCCGGACGGCGCGGAAGACGCGACGUUCUUUGAGAAACUCGGUGCGGAGACUGAGACGAAAUUGGAGGAUUUCUUCCAGUGGUGGGGCUGUUUAAUGGCGUCGAAACCUUGGAUUGUUCUAUUCCUGGGUCUCUGUGUAAUCGUCGCCCUCGGGCACGGCAUAAGGUACAUGCAAGUGACGACCAAUCCGGUGGAACUGUGGGCGGCUCCGAACUCCCGUUCACGUCUCGAGAAGAAGUACUUCGACUCGCACUUCGAGCCUUUCUACAGGACUGAGAUGUUGAUCAUCAGCUCGAAGGGUCUGCCCGAUGUGGAGUACAACUCGCCGGACGGUAACGUCAUGUCGUUCGGUCCAGUGUUCAACUCUACCUUCCUCUUGAAAGUCCUCGAUUUACAAAAUAGGAUUAUGGCUCUCGGCAACAAGAGUCGCAUCGAGGACAUUUGCUUCGCCCCAAUGUCCUCCCCGUUCAGCGGGCCCGUGACGGCCGACAACUGCGCCGUGCAGUCCGUGUGGGGCUGGUGGGAGAACGACCCGGAACAGAUCACGGACUACCUCGAAGACAACCAGUACCUCGAAAAAGUGCUGUCCUGCUCCAAGAACCCGUACAGCUGCCUGUCGGUGUGGGGCGGGCCCGUGCUGCCGGGCGUGGCGCUGGGCGGCUUCCUGUCGCCGGCCGAGCCGCUCGCCAAGACGUCGCGCUUCCACCGCGCCACCGCGCUCAUCCUCACCUUCCUCGUCAACAACCACCACGACAAGGAGAAGCUGAAGCCGGCUCUCGAAUGGGAGGAAGAGUAUAUCAAGUUCAUGAAAAAUUACACUGAAAACGAAAUGCCCUCGUACAUGGACAUCGCCUACAGUUCCGAGAGGUCGAUCGAGGAUGAACUGGACAGGGAAUCGAAAUCGGAUGUAUCCACCAUACUCGUGUCGUACUUCAUCAUGUUCGCGUACAUCACCAUAUCUCUGGGGAGAUUCACCACAUGCUCCAGGCUACUAAUCGACAGCAAGAUAACACUUGGUCUGGGGGGUGUACUGAUCGUGCUGGCGUCCGUGGUGUGUUCUAUGGGCAUCUUCGGAUUCUGUGGCGUGGCGGCGACGCUCAUCAUAGUGGAGGUGAUCCCGUUCCUGGUGCUGGCCGUGGGCGUGGACAACAUUUUCAUCCUCGUUCAGACCAGCCAGCGAGAACCGCGUCGCCCCGACGAGACCGUGCCGCAGCACAUCGGCAGAACGCUGGGCCAGGUGGGCCCGUCGAUGUUCCUGACGUCGGUGUCGGAGUCGGUGUGCUUCUUCCUGGGCGCGCUGAGCGACAUGCCGGCGGUGCGCGCCUUCGCGCUGUACGCGGGCGCGGCGCUGCUGGUGGACUUCCUGCUGCAGGUCACGUGCUUCGUGGCGCUGCUGGCGCUGGACACGCGGCGCCAGAACGCCAACCGCUUCGACGUGCUGUGCUGCGCCGCCGGCACCAAGGCGGACGGCGCGCCGCAGCCCGACGGCGCGCUCUUCAACCUGUUCCGCUGCGUCUACGUGCCCUUCCUCAUGAAGCGCGAGGUGCGCGCCUCCGUCAUGAUCAUCUUCUUCGCCUGGCUCUGCUCGUCCGUCGCGGUGGCUCCUCACAUAGAUAUAGGUCUCGACCAGGAACUUUCGAUGCCGCACGACAGCUUCCAGCUGAAGUACUUCAAACAUUUGAACCAAUAUUUGAAUAUUGGCCCACCGGUAUACUUCGUUGUGAUGGAUGGAUUGGAUUACUCGGAUCGCGACGUUCAGAACAUGGUCUGCGGGACCAGAUACUGCAGGACUGAUAGUAUUGCAAUGCAGCUGUAUUCUGCGUACCGUACUCCGAACUUAACGUACAUCGCUCAACCACCGAACUCGUGGCUGGACGACUUCUUCGACUGGUCCGCAGCGUCCGCCUGCUGCAAGUACUUCCCCUCAAACAGCAGCUUCUGUCCCAACGAUUACACGACGUCCCCGCCGUGCCGCAAGUGCGACAUCCCGCUGGAGGGCCCGGAGCAGCGGCCCAGCUCCGCCGACUUCCAGCACUACGUGCCCUUCUUCCUGCAGGACAACCCCGGGUUCUCCUGCCCCAAGGGCGGCCACGCCGCCUACUCGCACGCCGUCAACUACGUGAGCAACCGCACGCACACCCGCAUCGGUGCCACGUACUACCAGGGCUACCACACGGUGCUGAAGACGAGCGCGGACUACUACUCGGCGCUGCGCGCGGCGCGCUCGGUGGCCGCCAACCUCAGCGAGACGCUCAACCGGAACCUGCGCGAGGCCGGCAAGAACUCCACCGUCAACGUCUUCCCCUACUCCGUCUUCUACGUCUUCUACGAGCAGUACCUCACCAUGUGGCCCGACACGCUCAAGUCGAUGGGCAUCUCCGUGCUCUCCAUCUUCAUCGUCACCUUCGUUCUGAUGGGCUUCGACCUCUUCUCCGCUCUGGUCGUCGUCAUCACUAUCACGAUGAUCGUGGUCAACCUCGGCGGUCUCAUGUACUGGUGGGGUAUCAGUCUCAACGCCGUGUCGCUUGUUAACUUGGUGAUGGCGGUGGGCAUCGCGGUGGAGUUCUGCUCGCACCUGGUGCACUCGUUCAGCGUGUCGGGCGGCGGCUCGCGCGUGGCUCGCGCGUCGCACGCGCUGGCCACCAUGGGCUCGUCCGUGCUGUCCGGCAUCACGCUCACCAAGUUCGGCGGGAUCAUCGUGCUCGGCACCGCCAACAGCCAGAUCUUCCAGGUGUUCUACUUCCGCAUGUACUUGGGCAUCGUGCUGUUCGGCGCGGCCCACGGUCUGAUAUUCCUGCCCGUCAUGCUCAGUUAUAUCGGGUCGCCGGUCAACAAGCAGAAGCUGGCGCGGCAGCUGCUGCGCGGGAAGGAGGCGGUCGCGGAGACGUCGCUCACGCGAGUAAGCGCGCCAACACACCGACACUAUAACUUUGACACGCUACUCGCGUGAACGCUUGCACGCACGAGACUGGACGUUCACGUCCGGGGACUUUGACUCGGCUUUGAAUCAGUUAAAUUUAAAAAAAAAAAGAUCGAUACAAUCGUUUGCUUGAUUGUAUUUUAUUACUAUUGUCAACUUUGAGCAGUUGUCGAUCAUUGUAUUCAUUUUUUCGUAAGUAUAAUAAUAAAAAAAAAAGAAUUUAAGUCAAAUGCCCUGUCGUUUAAAUACUUCGUUCGAUUCAGAGUCGUAAUCGGCGAACCGUUUCCGAUUGUCCAUUCAUUACGCGCCUCGUUCACUUCUUCGAUAUUCAAUCUAAAAUGCUCUUUAUGUUGUUGAUAUACGAUUGAUUAUUGAUAUAACGGUUAGGAGGUAGCUUGCACGAUUACCUUUUUACAGCAGAAGUGAUGAGUAAGUUAUGAGAAAUGAGAUUUUAACAUGAGCUUUGCUACUACGUACGUGGUAAUGUUAAAAUUUUGUUUCCUUAAAUUGAAUGGGACAAAUAGUGACGUGCAAUGUUCAAUCUCGUUUCAAUCACUAACUUAUCGAUAUUUUGUAUUUGUAAAAAAUAAAUCUGGUUGAGUUUCACAGCACUGUUGCAAUAUUAUUUAAGCUGCUGUUGAACUUGGUCACAUGUGUUUUUGCGACACUUGGCAACUUUCGAUUGCAUUUUGGUGUUAUGUUUAAUAACGAGAAAGUUGAAUUUGUCGCACUGACUUGUACACGGGAAUCUGGUACUCCCUUUCUUGAUAAUAAAAUUAUUAGCAUUUAUAUGUAAAGGAGAUUUGCAAUCGACUAGAUAACUAGUUUAUUUUUUUAUUAAAAAUUAUAAAUACAUUAUGUGUACAGUAUAUAAUUGAGAUUUUUAAUUAGAAUAUUCAUGUCGAAUUGCAAUGUUCCUUAAAGGUUUCGGUUCUAACCACUGGUUGGUUGAAGGGACCUGUAGAAUAUUAAUUUUCCUUCAAAUUUUGCAUGUUUCGUAUAUCAUAUGUAGAUGUAUAUCGACAUUAGUCAUUCCUAAUAUUUCGAAUUUAAUUAUUUUUGAUGAUGUUAUUUAUCGAUACAUCUGCGAGUACGUCUCUACAAUCGCAUUUGAACGUAGCAGCUUCUUGUACUUGUACUUAAGUUCGCGAUGUUUACGGACCUAAAUUGACCUAAAUACUAAAUACGCGCGGAUUUAUUUCGAAUAUUCAUAGUAUAUAUAAUUAUAUUUGUACGUAGUUAAAUCGCGUUUUAUAAUAUACCUUAUACAUACAUAUUGCACAAGGCUUUAAUUUCGUUGCUAAUUACGCAAAUAUAUUUUUUAUAAUUAUUGUUUUCUGCGCUUCGAUUCUUUAUUUUUUUUUUUCAAGAAUUUUUUUAUUUAUAUCCUGUGCUUCAUGUAUUUUAUAAAUUAUAAGUUAUUUGGUAUAGUAUUAACGUAUGAAGUAAUUGAAAAUAAUUUAUAUAAUUAGUUUCUUACGUUCGUAAAUUUUGUUUACUAUCAGAACAAAGGCUUAAAUCUUUAAUUAAGUAAUAGAUGUUUAUAAAAAAAAUCAUUUUACAUCCAGUGACGUAUAAAUGUAAAGUGGGUAUAAUUUUAUUGUAACACGCUGUAGUUUAAAAAAAAAAAAACAAGAAAUAUUUUUAGAGAAUUGUAUUUGGAAUAAAAUUUUAUACCAAUUUGAAUUCAUAAAGAUAUUGUAGUUUGUUAUUUGUAGCAAUCUUAAAGGCUAAUGUUUAGGGAAAUAUAAUUUCUCAAUUGGAAAAUUUCCAAAGGAAUUGAUCCAAGGAAAUGGCGUCAAAGUAAUUGAUCCUUCAGAUAUAUGGAGUGACGCUAGUUGAUGAGAGAUGCGUUUUUAAAGACCACCAUAAAUUUAUAUUACUCAUUUUGUAUGAUGCUAAUUCUGUUACUAUAUAAUCGUUAGACAGUACUAAAACACUAGCUGUCCUUUGACCUUUUUGUCCAACUGUUAUUGCAAAUGGUCGUAUGUGCAAUGUGUACUUAUCAUUUCAAAACCGCCUCUUUAAACGUUAAAAACGUAUAUUUAAAACUUAGCAUUUGAUUUAUAUAAAAAAAAAAUAUAAUUUUAAAAAUUGGAUCAAUUUUUUUUUUUCACGAGCUUCUGCACUUGUAGCGAACAAAGAGAACAAAGAUUGUAUAUUACGGAAUAGUAUUAUUUGCUUAAAAUAUGAUUGUGCGUCAAUUAUUUUCAAGGUAAGUGAAAGUCCCGUCGCUGGUUGUAAAAGUCGUGUCAGUGAAAACGAUUAUAAUUUAAAUAUUUAUUGUGUUUAUUUACUAAACUAACAAUGUGGGAAGCGUUAGGUAAUUAACUUAUUUCUAAAAUUGGUGUCGGUUUAUUUAUUUUUUAUUUCUUCAUAAACGAAAUAUAAAGAGGCGCGUAUUUUUACAGGUACGCCUUUAAAGACCAAGGAAAUUAAGAAAAUGUAAUUAUUUAUAUCGUUUUGUAAUUUAGCUCUUUUGGUGAUUUUACGAUAUAUCUAUAGUUUAGUCAAUGUGAUGUUAUUCCCUGAGAUUUUUCUUAGUAUUGCCCUCUAUGUUCCUAUAUGAUUGUAUAGACGAUUGAGUAUUGAUAUCAAAUAUGUUAACGAAUUGUCUUAAUUAAUAUGCAAAUAUAACAAUAAUUGUUAAUAAAGAUUCGAAUGUUUCUAACUGAACUGAAUCUCCUACUUAAAGUUAGUACUUAAAUAGAGGGAAACGCUUUCAUUGUCCAAAGGUUAUGGUUUAAUUUAAUGUAAUAACCGACAACUUAUUGUAAUAGAAAUAAAUUACGUUUUUUUUU